AUACUUUCUGAUUUCCAUAAACAGAGAACAUAUUCAGGAUCGCCGUAAAUUUCAAUUUUCAUUCAAAAUGAUGUCCGAUCAAAUGAUUGAUGCAAUGAUCACCGUUGUGAUAAUGACAUUUGGAUUGAUCACAAACAUCAUCGUUCUGCUGACAGCUCGAAAAAUGAGCUCAAUGAGAAGCUCAUUUGGAAUUAUCACAAAAAAUCAAGCUGUUUGCAACAUUCUCAUGUGUCUUUUGUUCCUUAUUUUUGUUGGACCAUUGCACUUCACAUCCCUUAAACUUCCCUACAAAGCAUCUCGUUUCGUUGGAACUGUGUCGAUGAUAAUCUACGAAAUAGCUGCUCAACUCAACUUUUUCAACUCUUUGAACCGUUUUUGUGCGGUCUAUAUGAUCUUCCUCUACGACAGAAUUUUCUCGAACUUCAACACGUACAUGUUGAGAAACUUUGCCGUUGUCGUUUCCAUCGGAAUGUGUUUUACAUUCUAUGAAUUUCUCGGCUGCUACCUUUACUUUGAACAAGAAUCUUGGCUGUUCUCGUACCCGGAGAAUGAUGUUCGUUGUGAUCAACUCACUUGGUAUUGUGAUUUCAUUUUCAACAUGUCCCUGGUUGUUGCCACACUGUUUUUGAAUUUGUUGGCAGCAUAUAAAGCCAGAAAACUUCAUCGAAUAGUGUCAGAUAGUACUGGAGUUGGAAUGUCAAAGGAUCAACGACAAAGAGAAUUUAACUUCAUUCGACAAUCAUUCUUUCAAGGUUUAUCGAUGAGUGUUGCGUUGAUUUUUUAUCGGAUUACUGCACCAAUGCUCGAAAACCAAAUAUUACUGUUUCUGGAUGCAAAUUUGUGGGCUUUCAUGUUGGCUUUUGAAGGAGGUAUAAUCUUAUUGUCCAACCAGGAAAUGAUGCAAGCCGUCAAGAAAAAGAGGCACGAACUAAUAUCGUCAGUCUUCGUACUGGACAUCUAAGUUAUGUCGUCUCGAAUGCUCCCACGCCUUGAUAAUUUUGUAUAUACUGUGGUAUUUUAAUUUAACUUUCCAAAUCUUCUCGAUAACUAUUUGUGAUCAUAAUGUGAAUUGGCGUUUUCAUAUUAAUAAAUUUCAGCUAUUA